AUGGAUCACCACAACACAGAUUAUGUUGAUUUUGAAUUUCUUGGAAGCUCACACGACAUCCCCGCUCGUAUUCCAGCUGCUGCAGUGUAUGGGUUCAGACCCUUGUUGCCCGGAGACCUGGCAAAUCAGAUGCGACAUGCUCAGCUUGAGGCACAAGCUGAACGGAUUGCACGAGGUCUUGCCAGUGGCAGCCCCAGCGCCUGUACCUCCAGCCGGAGCUCCGCCUGUCCCUCCACCUCUUGCCGGAGUGUUGGGGGUGGGGGCAGGUGGGCACGGAGGGCCAGGUCCAGUGCACCUGGGAUUUACGUUUGGGUGGCAAUCGAAGCUUCGGGGGAAGGCGAAAAGGGGAGGUCACUUGCAUUGAACCAGCUCCGUUACCUGCAGGUCAUGUGCGGAUUGGAGAGCGUGCAGUGGUUCCUGACCGUGAUGGUCGCCUAG